GUGCUGCGGGUUCCAUUCAUCGUCGUGUGGAGAGGUCGAUACGAGUCGGGCGGUCGGGCAGUCGGGCCGUUGGGCGGCAGUAUCGGCGCGACAGCUGAGGUGCGCGCGUGCCGCGAGACCGCGCUCCGUCGCCACGCAACCGGCCAACAGUGAACACCGAACAUUCAUAAACAAAUUGUAUCCUCGAAGCGAUACCAAAGUCGUCUGGCAGAUAUAAAUGUCGAUACAAUCGGUGCAUCGCGGUGUGUGUGUGAUGGAUAAAGUGACAUGAUGGGGCGAAGAAACGUCAGUAUGAUGCGACUGGGCCGAUGUAUCGCCUUCCUGGCGGCGGCUGCCUUCCUCCUGCCCUUCACCAUACUACUGAUGGUCGCUGAUCAGCAGUACAAUCUCACUUAUAACUCCAAACGAGUCUUCUAUCAAGAGAGCGACUUCUAUAGACUAAACGGGACGUAUUAUGCGUCCGGAUUAACGAUAACUACACCUUUAGUUAAGCAGUAUAUGUUCGACAACGGGACUAACGAAGAUAGUCUCCUGACCAAAGACAAGUUUCUAGAAGUAAACGCGCGGAUGAAGGUUCGGCGAGAGUAUCUGAGGAAUGAGUGCUCCAGGACCGGCUUGGAUGACUCCAGCCACAAGGCGUCUGCCUGGGAGUACCUUAUCAACAGACAGUACCACGUCAUAUGGUGUAACAUAUUCAAAGCGGCAUCCUCAUCUUGGAUGUAUAACUUCAAUUUGAUGGCCAACUACACAGCAGCGUACUUGGACAAAACGAAGGAAGUGUUACUAGAGCUAGCUAGGAAGAAGUACGGGAGACCGUCAGCGGAGAUGGUUAGGAAAGCCCAGGUCGACUCCAUAUCGUUCCUGAUCGUUAGACAUCCACUUGAAAGGCUUGCGUCAGCCUACAAUGACAAGAUAGUCCACGCUUGGCCGAAAUCCUUACAUGACAUAUUGGGGCGAAGGAUCGUACAGAGGUAUCGGAAGAAAAUGGCAGUGCCUGGAAAGCCGUUGCCAAAACAAACGUAUCCAGUUUUCGAAGAGUUUGUUGCCUACAUUCUGGAUGAAAAGAAAGCGGGACGAUCCCUCGACAUGCAUUGGACUCCCUACACUGAUUUCUGUACGCCUUGCAAAUUCGACUUUGACGUUAUCCUCAAGUUUGAGACUUUGGAUGAGGACCAGCGCUUCCUGAUCCAGCUGGCUCGCCUCCAGAACGUGGUGAAGCCAGUGUGGAAGAACGGCUACGGCAACACGCGGCACGACCUCAGCACACUCUACUCACGCCUCCACCGCUCGCAGCUGGACGGUCUUUACAACUUGUACAAAUAUGACUUCAAGCUCUUCAACUACACCAUGGACAAUUUCUACGAAAUGCUGAAAGAGGACAAAUAACGGACUUGCUCUCUAUUUUGUCCAAAUCUUUGUCUCUAUCUGGCUUUUACCAGAUUAUUCCGUUAUCCGGAGGUCUAGGAAACUAUAUGGAGUGCCUGUGAUUGCUCCGUUAGGUUCUUCAGAAUUUAAUUUCGGACACUUCAGGAAAUUUCGGUUUCGGACCUGUAGGUAUAUAGAGUUGCCGAUCUUACAGCAAAUAAUGCUUUUAUUGUUUGCCGAACGUUCAUUGAAGGUUGAUGACUAAAAAAAGUUCAUCAAUAAUAGGGAAAGACUGAUCGUUAGCCAGAAAUGAUUGAUGGUAACUGUAUCGAUCCGUCGCGGGUGAAGUGAGAGGCACCCUUAAUGUCAAUUUACGAUAUCGUCAGCGUACUAGUGAGUGACGAAUCUCAUUUAAUUAAGUUUUUCAGGAGUGAGAACUAGAGAUAUUAUCACGUUAAUACAGGCUGUGAAUAUCGCACAAAAAUAGUAAGGUCAGAACACAAGAACUCUGCAAAUUUAACUUACUAAAUUUAUAGUCGAUAAUAAGACUGUCACUAUGUUUGAAUUUGCUGAAUGAUUCGAAUCGGAACUCGAAAUGACAAGUCCUUCAGGUACAGCGUAUCAUUGUGGCAGGUUUCACUUCAUAAUACAUAAGCAAGUACAUGAAUAAGAUUUAAACCAUUUGUCAGCAAAAUAAGUAAUUUCUCAGAAAUGAGACAAUUGUAUGAUGUAUCGAGUACAACUACACAAACCAUUUUAUAUAGGUACCUAAUAUGAGGUUUCGGGUAUGAAAGCCAGAGUGCAUUCAUUGUUUAUUCAAGACACCAAGCAAGUGUAACUGUUGCAAUAUUAUUGUUCGUUUAGAUCGCGGUAUUAACACAACAGUUCCUUGGAAGAAGGCCUAUGAUUGUUACAAAUGAAGUUAUAAACAAUUUGUUGGAGACAUUAGUCAGUAGAACAUUAGCGAGCAUAGAUUUAGUUUUGUACCGUCGAUACAAAAUUCCUUAGUGCUUCCAUAAGAUAGGAUUAUGGAUUUAGGCUACGUUGUAAGAUUAUAAUAGAUGAAUCAGGCGCUGCUUUCAGCAGCCUGGUAGGUACUUAAGGUGCAAUGUUAGUAUUCAAACUGUAGGUAUGCAAAGCGAAAACUGAGUCUUUGAUGCAAACUAAAUAUCGAGUAUUUAAAAAGAAUGUCUUCGUUUUUGUUUUUCCAAAUUCAAUAUUACAAGUUUUUAUUGUAUUUCCUUUUUUAAAUUAAACCUAGGUCGAGCACUCACGUUGCACUUUAAGAUCAAGCUUAUAAACAAAAUUUUUGAAAUGAAAUAAACUAAUAACUAAGUAAUAGUUAAAAGAGUAAUAGUUAAGUCACCUUUGAAAUAUCUAAUAUACCUAAAGUAUUGUUUUAGCUACUUUAGGUAAGCUAUUCAACUUCUCAAAAUUACGUAGGUAUAAGCGAUCAUCGAAACUUACCUUCACUUUUCAGAUUGCUUAUAUUUCAUUACAUUGUGUAGGAGAAAUAAAAUUGUAGAUGUAAUGUAUGGUUAGUUGCCGGGCUAGCGCACGAUCGUGAUUGAUGGGUUUCAGGUCAUUCUCAUAUUAAAUAUUAGGAAAGCCACGAACAGAAUAUACCUAUCCAAGGGGUGGCCAUAUCCUAGGGUUACCGUUCUCUCGUCGGCUCACUCAUAUAUGAAAUAAAAUUGCUUGGAUUGUCUUAAGGCCUCAUUACAUUACGCACGAUGCGUCGGGUGUACCUAUAAAAUCUAUGGCGAAAUCGUGGCCCUGUGUAGGGCCCUGUCUAUCCAAUGCAUCACGACGCAACGGGCCCGAUGGAUCGCGUAAUGUAAUGGGGUUUGACACGAUUGUGAGACCCUAUUAUUACGGCGAUGGGAGUGGGUACUGACAGAACAUUUUUAACUGCUGACUUUGCAAACUGACGUAUCUGCAAUUUUUUGCUAUAAUAAUUUGUUUCUUAUUGACAAUAGCAAAAGGUGCAAAUUAGAUUAGCCAAAAAAUUCAGAUAGGUUAAUUAGCGACGAAGUGACCCGAUGAUCGAUUUAGUCAGGUAGUGUUGUGAUUGUGACUGUGAACCAAAUGAUGGCUACAGCUAACACUACAGCUACAGCCCUACUUGGUUCGCCCGUCAUUUCGCUACACUUUACCAAGUAGUUAGGUAUAAUAUCGUGGCUGACUUUGCUAACUGACGUAUCUGUAAUUUUUUGCUAAAGUGAUUUGUGUCUUAUUGGCAAUUGUAAAGGUGUAAAUCAGUUUCUACAAAAAUUGCAGAUAGGUACGUCAUUUCGCGACAUCAGCGACUAAGUAUAAUUAUGGUCGACAUCGAUUGCGAGACUUGCGCUUAACCCUUUAAGAAGUAGAAUGAUGCCAUCCGUAUGAUCCAGAAUAUUGUAUAAUCUUAAUAUAAGUACAAACUAUAAUCAUACUACGAGUUAACAUAAGACAAAUUGUACAGGUAUCGAUAUGAUACGAAUUGUUGAAAUUCAUAAUUAUGUUUAUUACGAUUUUUAAAAGUAAUUUUUAAAGUUUAAUAAAAUAGUUUUCAUAUAUUUGAUCAUUAUUAAGUACAAUGCCAUGGUUACCGAUACUUUAAAUGUUAUUUUGUGUCUUCUGUUUCUAUUAUCAAUACUGUCUACUUUCUACUUGGUCAAUUUAUAUUUUAGCUUGUAACUUUACUGUUUGUUGUCAUAGAUUUGAAAGGUAGAAACAAAAGAUUUUCAUAAUUAAAUAGUUUGAAUAUUUGAAAAGUUAGCUAAUUUCUAGGAUACUACUUUCUUAAAUCGGCUGACUUAGACUGCCUAGUAAUGUUAUGGGUUCGAUAGGUGUCGGCAUGUAGGACGGUAAGGAUUAACUAGGGAAUGCAAUCCCGAUAUCGCGAGAUCUCGUCUGUUAUUUCGGGAUCAAUCCCGAAUAUGACGAGAUCCCGUUCGAGAUUGACGAGAUUGGGCGACAGUAGUCUUUUAAUGUAGGCAGCUUUGUUUUUUUACGUAACUACUUUCAAAAUCACCCGUCUACCUUCUAAUCUCGUUGAGUUAUAUACUCUUUGUUUUGAUUAUGCUGAUUUCGAAAAACUUUAAUUUCUUUCAAAAAUAUUUUGUUUUAAUUAACCUCACUAUCACAAAUAAGCAGUUUUCAUCGUUUUCAGCCAUCCUAACCUUACAUUGUUUUAUGAACUAGACGAGAUCCCGAAAAUUUCGGGAUUUCGUGGGAUUGAUAUUUGCAAUCCCGCGGGAUCUCGAAUUCGCGAUCUCGAGUCGGGAUUACGUUCCCUAGGAGUAACAUUAGGCUAGUCUUGUUGAAGCUGAUGAUGCUGUAGCUUUCUAUACCAUAGAUAAUAAGUUUAAUAAAGUUGUUUUUGAAUACUCGUUCCGAUAUUUACCUGUUAGUUUAAAUACAGUGUUGUUUAAAUAAGUAUUAUUGCGUUUGACUACGGUCUUGAAAACAACAACUUAUUUUAGUCAUAAAGUACAACAGCGAUCGAUACGUACGAACGAACUCGCGUGUUUAAUUUUUUAACAGAUAUAAAAGGGCCGAUCGUGUCACCGCUGCAUCGCAAAUUUCGCAACUGAAUUAUUUAUGUAAAUAACGUGCAAUUCAUCUAAAAAGCAAUACCUAUUGCAAUUUGACAUUUGCGCAUACAAAAGUAAGUGCGUAAAGCAAACAAAUGUCAAAUAACAAAAUUGCUUUUUAGAUGAAUUGCUUUGAUGUGGCCGUUUUAACCCCCCAACAUCGACCCAUUAUACAGAAAAGUUACACAAAAAUAAAUGAAGUAUCUGACUCUCAAGCUAGACCAAUCUACCCAUGACUUAAAAAUCGGCCAAAGCUUUUUGGACCAGUUAAUUUGUUUUUUUUUUUUCUAAGCUACUUAGUAGAAUGCGGCUCAAAUCUAAAGUACAUUUCCAACUUGUUUUAAGGUUUUAUUUGUUGUAUAAAUUAUAAAAUUAUUUCAUUGUGUCGUGUUAUAUCUACUUCCCUUCUUACUGAAUGUUACAAAGGUAAAUUGCAUUGUAAAUAGAUAAAGGAAUGAAACUGCGUUUUUGAGCCACUGCACUGUAGAUCUUGUUUAAUAAUCGAGAUUAUUUUAAAAUAUUCAAUCGUUUUGUAUUCUCUAUUGACAAUAACUUAAACACAAAUAGAUGUUAUUAUAAAAAUAUGCAUUGAUGAAAUGUGUUCUGAGGGGUCUGCAUGGCAACGGCGCCGUACGAUAUCCAUCUACAAUAGAUACCAUUCGCUGCGUCUAUUGGUCGAAACCUUCGAUAUAAGUAGCGGCAUGCGCGGCGCGGUUGCUGUGCCGCGAGAGCUAAAAUCCUACUUUAAGUAUAAAACGUAAAAAAAAAAAAAAACAUAAACAGCCUAUUACUAGGUACGUCCCACUGCUGCUACAAGUCUCUUCUUAAUCAACCGAAGGGGGUAUGGAGCAUAAUCCACCACGCUGCUUCACUACGGGUUGGUGGAGAUGCUUUCCGCCUAAAAGCCGGGACCAACGGCUUAAUGUGGCCUUCGAAGCACGGAAUCAUCUUAUUUUUUCAGACAAUCACGCGAUUCAAGCCUGCACAAUCCUCACCAAAGAAAGGACAGUCUCACAAAGUAUGAUUGAUUUAUUUUGCAUUAGGUACUUCAUGGUAACAACAAAGCAAUAGACAAAAUAUGAAUGGUGAAAAAAAGGUAGGUACCUAAAAUAAAAAGAGGGCACAAAAGCUCCCUUAUUGAUUGCUGUAUCUUGCAUUAAUUUCUUAUCCAAUUUCUCCCGAAUAUUAUUGUCAAUAGAGACUUAACAAUAACGACGAACAAUUUAAUUUCUAUAGAGUGUAUGUAUAGUAGUUAUUAUGGAAUGAAUAUUAGACCAAAAGUAUGGCCUAUGAUCGUAAUUGUAAUGGUGCUAUAGUCCUUUAGAUUUGAUCUCAUAUCAGAAUGUGAGACGCGGAUGCCGAACGAGUUGUUGCUUAUUGAUUUAUAGAUUCCAAAAGUAAAAUCAGUUCUGUUUACAUAAUGUUAAAGAUUAUUCUUAGUACUUAUAGAGAAAUAAAUUAUUUAAUAUUUCAA